AGUCGUAGUGACCAAACCGGCGUGGCCUUGGACCGAUAUUUGACAACAACGUACCCCCGGCGGACGGACGGUUUCGAUUCGUGGAGCCGGCAUUCUGUCGCUCAGUUCGUGGCCAAAGUUCUAGCGAGCAGCAUCCUCCUCUUCGUCAGUGCGUGUUCCGUGUGUAGUGUCUUCUUCCCUUUUUCGUUUUUUCAAAAACCCCAGUUGGUGUUGGAGCAAAAUGGCGAAUCCUAAACAAGAAAUCCAAUACACCAAGCUGUUCAUCAACAAUGAGUUUGUGGAGGCGAAAAGUGGCAAGAGCUUCGCGACACUGAACCCCGCCACCGGCCAACCAAUCGUAAGCGUCGCCGAAGGGGACAAGGAGGACGUGGAGGUGGCGGUACGUGCGGCAAAGGCAGCGUUCGCACGGAGCGCCCCUUGGCGUCAGCUGGAUGCAUCGGCCCGGGGUCGUCUGUUGAACCGGUUGGCGGAUCUGAUGCAGCGCGAUACGGACACGCUGGCCAACCUGGAGUCACUGGACAAUGGCAAAACGUUCGGCGAUUCCGUGUUCGAUAUCGGUUGCGCCAUCGAUACGUUCCGGUACUAUGCCGGUUGGGCGGAUAAGAUCCACGGUGCUACGGUCCCGUCGGAUGGACCCGUCCUGACGUACAUCCGGAAGGAACCGGUCGGUGUCGUGGGUCAGAUCAUCCCCUGGAACUAUCCGAUCUUGAUGCUAACGUGGAAAUGGGCACCGGCACUGGCCGCAGGUUGUACGCUCGUACUGAAGCCGGCCGAACAGACGCCACUGAGUGCAUUGUACAUGGCAGCGCUCUCCAAGGAAGCUGGCUUCCCGGACGGAGUGAUCAAUGUGGUGAACGGAUUCGGACCGACGGUCGGUGCUGCGCUUGUCGCCCAUCCGGAUGUCCGGAAGGUCGCGUUUACCGGUUCGGUCGAGACGGGACGGCUCAUCCUGAACGGUGCAUCGACCUCCAAUCUCAAGAAGGUAUCGCUCGAACUCGGUGGCAAGAGUCCGCUCGUCAUCUUCAACGAUGCUGAUCUGGACGAAGCGGUCGAGAUCGCGCACAAUGCCAUCUUCGCCAACCACGGUCAGAACUGUUGCGCCGGAAGCCGGACGUUCGUGCAGGAAGGCAUCUACGAUGCGUUCGUGGCGAAGGCCGCCGAGAUGGCACGCCAGCGGAAGGUUGGUGAUGCGUUCCAGGAGGGCGUACAGCAGGGACCGCAGGUGGAUGACGAUCAGUUCCGGAAGGUGCUGGAGUACAUCGAAUCGGGACAGCAGGAGGGCGCCAAGCUGCAGGCCGGUGGUAAACGGUUCGGAACCGUCGGGUACUUCGUCGAGCCGACCGUUUUCUCCGACGUGGCCGAUGAGAUGCGCAUUGCGCGGGAAGAAAUCUUUGGACCGGUCCAGAGCAUCCUCAAGUUCCGAACGCUGGACGAGGUGAUCGAGCGGGCCAAUGCGACGGAGUACGGGCUGGCGGCCGGUGUCGUCACUAAGGACAUUAAUACCGCUAUUACCUUCACGAAUGCGGUCGAGGCCGGAUCGGUUUGGGUCAACUGCUACGACUACGUCGUACCGACGACGCCCUUCGGUGGUUACAAGCAAUCCGGUAGUGGCCGCGAGCUCGGCUACAGCGGUAUCGAGCUGUACCUGGAGACGAAAUCUGUCACGAUCAAGCUACCGGCCAAGGUGUGAGAGAAAGAAGACCUUCACCAGCCCUUGCAGCCGGAUGCGCGAGAAUGCGGGAAUCCAAUAAAAACAAAACAAAAA